AUGUCUUGUAUAAAUAAUAGAUUUGUGAAAAAUCUUGCAUCAAAUCAAAUCAAUUUAAGUACAUUUAAAGGGGAAGGUGAAUUAUCAUCAAUCGAUUUAGACGAACACGCAUUAGAGGAUCUUAUUGAAUUACCUACAUGGCUCAAGAUUCGAAAAGCAACAUGUGCUCGAGUUUUUAUUAAAAUCCCUUGGACAAAUUUAAAGACAGCACCAAUUCAAAUACAAUUGAAUAAUGUCACAGUCGAAAUUGAAACAUGUGAACAACUACGAGAUUUAAAUAAUUCAAAUGAUUCAUCGAACUCCAAUGACCCAUUAUUGGGUAAAUAUGGAUUUACAAAUCGAGUUAUUGAUGGUAUUUCACUGACCAUAACGAAUUUAACAUUUGCCGUAAAAGCUCAAGGAUUUAAAGCAUCAAUUUUUCUACCAAGUCUGGAGAUUUAUAGUACAACACCUUUUGGAAAACGAGUUGAUACAUUGAAAUUGACUCGUGUUCGUAAUUCAACGAAAGAUUACAUUCUUCUGUUCAAAGAAAUCUCAUGGCAAACUGCACGCAUUGAAGCAUCAUCAAAUGAUUAUAGUAUGGCAGCUGCAGCUAUACGUUUGAUUACCAAUGCAUGUCGAAUACGAAUUUCUAUGAAGAAAAAUUUGCAAGAUAGUACUAUGGUAACAUCGCGUGUUAUGAUUCAUUUUGAUGAUCUUUUGUCAGUUUUUAAUGAUGCACAACUAAAAUCAGCUUUGAAUGCUUAUAAAGAAAUUACACAUCUAAUGAAACGUGCAUUGGAACAAAAGAAACGUAUAGCUGGUGAUAAAUUAACGAAAUCAGAACAACAACCAUCAACACUUCAACCGAAACCGCCAACAACAGGCAAUAGUGAUCUAUCAAAUUCAACGAAUGUAUUUAACGUUCAACAACAAUCGAAUGAUCCCUUUGAACAUUAUGAUGUUAUUGAAACAUCAUUUCAUUUUAAUAUUAAACGAUUUGAUAUACACAUUAUUGCUGAUUCUGACAUUCUCAGCGAUCGACUAGCUCCAAGUGGUGCACUUCAAGUGACAUUAGCAAAUUUAUCUAUUGAUCAUUAUCCUUAUCAUCAACAUGGUUCAUCUAAAAAACAUUGGAUAAAAUAUGGUGAAAUGUUAGAAUUAAAUCGAGAUGAAUGGGCUACGCGAUUAAAACAAGAGUGGAGUGAAGAAUUCAAUGCUGCUAAAAAUAACGCACCAACUGAAGAAAUGUCUGCAAAACUAGAAAGAGCUCUUCGAACAAAUCGUAUUCGUUUAUUUGAAUCGUGCACUGUUAUGAAUAUAGAUGAUCUUGUACUCUAUCCUGUUUCAUUGCAUGGCAAUUCAAAAAAACACCAAGAACAAAAACGUCGUCGACCAUUGAUUACAUCCGAUAGAACACAAUACCAAUUACCAGAAUUUUUAGGUGUUGUUAAUAUUCAACAUACUGAAUAUUAUUAUCCAUUACCUUAUGCGUUUCCGGUACCACAUAGUGAUUUAUAUAUUCAAAUAAUGCCUGUUGUCAUGCGUAUUGACUUUGCAACAUUCAGUUGGCUUGAUGCUUUUAUUUCAUCACUAUCGAUGACUAUAGAUAAUUCAGGUCUUUUGAAAACUGAUAAACCUAGUACGGAUCUUGAACAUGUAGCUAUUAAAAUGGAAGCUAUGUUACCAAGAAUUGUUAUCAGUUCAGAUAUAUUUUCUGGUGUUCAUGAAUUACAAGAAGCGAAACAAGAAAAUAUUCCUAUGUCAGAUAUUUUAACUCGUAAUGAAAUAUCAAAUCAGGAAAAACUUGAAGUACUUGAAUUAAAUAUUUCAAAAAUAAUAUUGACAAAUUGUCGCAUGGAAUCAAUAAGUAGCCGAAAUAAGUUCGAAAAAUAUUUAGCAUUAUUUAAAACGACAAAUUUUUUCCAACAAAAUGUAUGGCCAUUAGCCAAUGAUUCAUCGAAUGCGUCACGUAUUAGUUCAUUGUUCGACAAACACUCGUAUGAAACAUAUUUGUAUACUAAUCCGUUAGCUAAAACAAUUGGUAAAUUAUUAUCUGAACCACAAUCGGCCAAUACAGCUCUACAUUCAUAUUAUACAAUGACAACAGAUUCAUUGAAGAAGGCUGCAAAAUACGAUAUUUGGUAUCUGAAUGCUGAAAGUAUUUAUAUGGAUUUUACACCAGCAUCUCCAUUGGAAUCUGUUCGAUUGGCAAAACAGAAUAUGACUGAUUCGUUUUCCAUAUCAAGUUGGGCUGUACUCGAUGAAAAACAACAAAUUGAAUCUUCAAUAUCGUCACCUUGGAUUAAUAUUUUAAGUGUUCUUGAAACAUCAACGAUGUUAAAAAUAUCUCAAAAGCAAUAUACAUUUAUUAUGCAUCUAGUCGAUGAACUUGGUUUAUUUCUUGAUGUACUUGAACGAAACAAAGUUCAAAGUCGUUUAAUAAGACAACAGUUACAACAAAAAUCAUCACCGACUAGUACUCUUUCAAAUGAUAUAAAAAUAACUUUGUGUUUACUUUCUCCAGCAAAAUUUACACUUGCUGUUAUAGAUGGCCUCGAAGAUAUUAUGAUUAAUAUUUCAAAAUCAGCUCCUCCGUCUAGUUCACUCGAAGCAGAAAUCGAAUCUAUAAAACAUAAUAUAUCGAACUCAAAUUUUGCUACCAAUGCGACCAUAUCAACCACAGACAAUUCUGCUAGUACAGCUAAACUCGAAUUAUCUUCAUCAUCAUCAUCGUUGAUGAAUAUGACCGAAGAUAAUAAGAAUUCAAAUAGCUUUUUAAAUAGAAGUCUAAAUCUAUCAGGACAGAAAAGAAAUAAAGUAGAAGAAAAUAUUCAACGUGGACUAGAAUUAACAUCGAAAGGUCUACGUGGUUCUUCACAAACAUCAUUAGUCAACAUGGUUGAUAAUGGCGAUGAAGCAUCAUCGCAACAAUGGGAUCAAUUGAGUGAAGAUUUAGAUGCUGAUCUUGAUCCAGCUGUGUUAAAUAGUGAUUAUGAACAACAACAACAGCAACCACCAGAAAAACCAGCACGUAUAGAACUUGAUGAUGAUAGUAUGAAUUCAACAGAAAAAAAUAAUACUGACAAUAAUGUCAUAGGAACUAAUGCAUUAGAAUCAAUUAAUGGUACAUUUCUUAAAUUAAAUCAAAUAAAAAUUUGUAUAUCUGAAGAUGAAGAAAAACUUGGUAAACCAUUAUAUAUUGCUUGUAAUGUGAAACAUUUACGUAUUGAUGAAUUUCAUUCGUUAAAAUUUGAUUCCCUUAAACCAAAAUUAUUCGAAAAUGAAAGUCCUGAUAAAUGUAAUAAUGAUAGUGUUCCACCCAUUGAUGUUCGUAUUGAUUUUCCAAAAGGAAAAUCAAAUUCACUACCAAUUAUUACUAUUAAAAUAGAAAAUCGUACUUUCGCUAUGACUAAUCAUGCAAUUGAUAUACUUUCAAAAAAUCUGGAAGAAAUUCGGACAAUUGAAGAAAAACGUCUAAGACAAAGUCAACCACAGAAAACUCCCACCAUUGAUAUACAUCUUGAUAAUGUGCAAUUCUCACUUGAAAUUGCUCAGGAAUAUUCAACAAUAGAAGCAAUGGCAGAAAUAAAGCCACCAGUUAAAGUUACUAUUGCACGUAUGCAUAUUCUUAGACAAAAGGAUGGACACAUCAUGAUUCAAACACUUGAGAAUGAAGGCGAAUCAAUUAAAGCUAUGCCAUCGAAGUCGAACAGUGAUUAUGCUGAUAUUGAAGAAAAAUUACGCGAAGCACAAUUGACUCAACUAGAAAAUGAACGACUUCGUGCAGAGUUAAAUGCACAUAAAAACGAAAUAACUGUUUUACGCGGCGAACGAGAUAGUCUGAUGAAUACCAUUUCAAAGCUUGAUAUUGAAUUGACUCAAGCUGAACACCAACGAAUGGUCCAACAGCAGCCUAGAAAAAAAUAA